AGAUACUGCAGCAUGGACAGUGAAGCACAACAGAUCUCUUUACUUAUUGGAAAAGAAGAUAGAUACGGCCGUGUUGAAGUAAACCUGAUGGAAGUUGAACCCAUGAAUGCUGAAGAUUUUAAUGCAAAGCUUGACGUUUCAUUUAAGGCAUGGAAGGAUCAGGGGAAAAAAGGAAUUUGGAUAAAGCUUCCUUGUGAGCUUUCGAGUCUUGUUGACAUUGCAAUGAAGAAAGGGUUUACGUACCACCAUGCCGAGAAUGAAUAUGCGGUGCUUAGUUCUUGGAUCUCCGACUUGCCUAACACUAUUCCUGCCAAUGCUUCUCAUCGUAUUGGCAUCGGUGCUCUUGUCCUAAACAAGAACAGAGAGGUGCUUGCUGUUCAGGAGAUCGAUGGUGUUUUCAAAGAUACCGGACUGUGGAAGCUUCCUACCGGUGUUAUUCAAGAGAACAGAGAGAACUUCAGGUACAUGGCUAACAUCUGCUUGAAGAGGUCUCAAGAGAAGGAGUACUUAGGUUUCUCCAAUGUCCUUACCAAGAAUUCAACUGGUAAGGAGAGCUAUCUUUACUGCAGCACCGACCACGCGUACUUUCUCAAAGGAAAGCCUGAUCAUAGUUCUACUUCACUCUUCACAACUCUUUUGAGAAAGUGUUUCUCUAUUUAA